GAAAAAUCGUAGUGUUAUUGAAAUUAGAUGAUACCGAGGAAGGUCGCGGAAUCCUGAGAGAGGGGCUGGUUGCAAUGACCUUUCACCUACAUAGCCGAUUAAACAUUAAAUUUAUCAAAGAGGUAUAUAUAGAAAUGCGAAUACUAGUUUUUUGUCAUUCAGGUUCUGGAUUAGUUUGUAAAAUGAGGCAACUGGCGAUACUUGCCCUGCUGGUCCCAGUGGCCCUAUCAGCACCCCAAUCUCAGUACCGCCCUACGGUGAUAAGGACCAGCACGAGCAGUAGUGGUUCCGGCGACGACGGGCAAUAUCACCCUGACAACAGUGGAGCAUAUGUACCAGAUAAUGCAGGAGCUUAUGUACAUCAAGAUGUUCCCUACAGGCAUCAAGAAGGGCCAUACGGAGGCGGCGGUGGAGAAUACACCGGAAGUGGUGGUGCUGGAGGAGGUGGUGGUGGAGGCGGAGGAGCUGGAGGUACCGGAAGAUAUGUCGUUUCAGCUCGUCCUGCAACAGUUCGUCCAAUUGUAACAAGACCUCGUGUGAUAGCAACGACAGCUAGUUCCAUAGUGCCAGCAGUGACUGCAGCUAGUUACAACCAACCUGCAACCCUGAGGACAGGAAGCGCUCAAGGGUUAUAUGAUAACAGACAUUACAAUAUCAUCAGAUUAGAGCAGGAUUCGAUCCCAGAUGGAUACCGUUAUUUGUAUGAGACAGAAAACGGCAUCCUAGCAGAAGAAGAAGGCCAUCUAGCUGCAGUAGGCCAAAAAGAAGAGGCCAUCCAAGCCAGAGGAUACUUUACCUACACUGGUCCUGAUAAUGUCGUGUACAGAGUGGAUUACACUUCAGACGAGAAUGGCUUCAAUCCUGUCGGAGACCAUCUUCCUACGCCUCCACCAAUUCCCGAAGCUAUUCUAAGAUCUUUGGAAUACCUCAGAGCGAACGGACAAUUGUAGAACACUUGGAAUACUGACACGGAUACAACUAGGAUUAUUAUACUUGCUGUAAUAAAUUAUUUUUAGGUUAUAGUGACUAUGUAUUAUAUUAAUAUUUAAGGGCACAGCAAAACAGUGAUGAAAUAAAUUGAAUAUGUGAAGGUUUAUCUAGGACACACGUGUUGUUUUUAAAUGCAUAACAAAGAAGUAACCGAAGACCAAUUUUAUAUUCAAUAAUAAUGUGGAAUUUGGCAUCUUUCGACAUAGCGAAGCAAUGACAGACGCCAAUAAGCAUACUUGAUUUUUAGCAGUGAACGGUAUAGAACAAAAGGAAAUUUUAACUGGAAACUUCUCGUGAUUGCCUUUUUGUCUCGACAACUUGAAUAUAGAAAUUAUGGCGACAUACUUAUAUGAAACGAUUUUCUCGUAAGUGUACACGUGUAUUUCCUCAUAUUGGCUCACUCUCGAAUCAAGUUUGACAUCUAAGGUUCCAAGAACGGGGUGCCUGAAAUAAAUCCAUGGGAUUCGCAUCCAAGCGAUGAAAUCUCCUGCAUUGAAAACGUUUACUUUCCACCAAUUGAAUAAGAUCAACGUUAAUUCAAAGUCUCAGACAUAGUCCUAAAUAUUUCAAUUUUGCAAAUGGAAGCUUGUCGUUGAUGAUGAUCUUACUAUAGUUAAUGUUUUACCUUAUGCCCAUGCAGAUUAUGAUUAUCAGUUAUUACAUAUGCAACAGAUAUCAAGUCUAAAUCAAAUUAAAUGCCUGGAUUCAUGCUCUUGGAACUAACCCUGUAUAUUGCCCAAUAAACUAGUAGUGAUGGCCGGAAAACAGGUGUUUUGAGAUAAGCAAUUAGAAAUUCUCAGAAACUACUUGACCAAUGUACUGCGAUGUUGUUGUGGUUAUUUAGAAGCACGAAUCCUACGAAUUUGAAAAAUAUCAAGUAUCUGCGAGAAACCAUCGUUGCAUUACCAACAAGUGCCAAAGCCUGCAGUUUGCCUCGGUUUUAGGCCAUAACUUUUUUGCUAUAAGUCGGAUGGUUGUGUUAUAUGGAAUCCUUUAUAUGGAUGCUACACCACUGCGAUCGAAAGGGUUCAACGCAAAGCAUUAAAAUAUUUGCCUUUCAAAAUACUCCUAGAUGGACCUUAUCCUGAACGGGGCAUUGACUAUGAAAUCUUAUAUAGUAGAUUUGAUCAAGAUAGUUUGCAACUAAGGCAGAGUACUGCAUCUCUUUCAUUUCUAUAUAAAUUAUUACAUAACACCAUAGAUUGCUCUUCAACCUUACGUUUAAUCAAUUCUAAUGUACGAGGGAUGUCUUUUAAGUUUUGCAUAUAGAAACAUAGUAGGCCGCGCGGAUCGAAAGUCAGUACUGAAUCUUAACCUCACUCUUUAGUGAACUUAACUUCAAAGUUUCACAACAAUACGUGCAGUGUUCUCACUACAGUGACAUUUUAAGUGUCACCAAGUCAUUAGAAAAAUGGAACUCAACCGAGAACAUUUUCGCGCCAUAAUUUAUUAUAAGUUUCAGAGACAAUUAUCGCAACAAGACUGCGUUGCUGAGUUACUGUCUGUUUUCGGCAACAAAGCGCCACAUCAGUCGACAAUUUCCUGUUGGUAUGGAGAAUAAUUAAAAAAUCAUCAUUGAAGAUAGACAUGCGACAUAUCGCGAGAUUGAGGCGUCCUUGAAGAUCUCAAAGACCUCAAUUCAAAAAAUUUUACAUGAUGAAUUAGGAGUAAGAAAAUAAGUUUCUCGUUGGAUACCUCACCCCGAAAGAAUCAUCCUCCAUCAAGGCAAUGCAAGCUCGCACACAACCCAAAAAACAAGGCAGUAUUUAACGGAAGAAAACGUGGAAUUAUUGGACCAUCCUCCAUAUAGUCCUAACGAUUUCUUUACUUUCCCGAAAAUUAAAAACAGACUGCGUGGUCAAAGGCUUCAGUCACCAGAAGAAGCAGUUGGUGCAUUCAAAAAUGCCGAUUUGGAUCUGCCAGCAAACGAGUGGAAUAAGUGCUUCGAAAAUUCGUUCGAGCGGAUGCAGAUGUGUAUUAACCUUCGUUGAGAAUACUUCGAAAAACAAUAAAGUCAUUUAAAACUACCUACCGUGUUGUUUUAUUUCCAUAUGCAAAACUUAAAGGACCUCCCUCGUACCUAAAAAUCUUAAAUAGAGCUUUUCCGUUCCUGUCAACUCUUUCGUUUGAAUCCUGAAAAACAUGUUUUCUCAUUCUUGGUUGUCAAAUAAAAACAUUUCCC